CCUUGCGCUACGCUGUGCCGCUCCGCGCCGCGCCAUGGCGACGACAGCCGAGCCCGCGCGGACACAGCCCGGCCCGGACUGGGACCUGCCCGCCGUGCCCGGCGACGACUUCCAGCCGGCCUGGGACCAGCAGCUGACCGGCAGCCACGCGGAAGCACUCCGGGAGUUCGCCGAGUGGGUGCGAGCGGAGGGACUGCCCGACGCCCCCGACGCUCAGCUUGUUAAAUUCGUGCACAGUUGCGACUAUGAUUUGGAAAAAGCCAAGAAGUGCGCCAAGGAUUUCUACUGGUGUCGGAAAGAGAUGCCAGACUUCUUUACCAACUGGGACACAAGUCUGCCCAACAUCCAAGGAAUACUCGAUGUAAUUACGGUUGCUAUUGUUCCACGACGGACACCUGACAACAGCCGAGUUAUCAUCAAUUCUCUUAGGACUUCCGACACAACGAAUUACGUGAUUGCUGACGUCUGCAAGGUAUCACUUAUGCUUUUGGAGACCAUAUUUUUAACGGAGCCCACUGUCGGUGGCAUUGUUAUGAUCCAUGAUCUCGACAAAGUAACGUUCAGUCAUUUCUUCAAAAUGCUCUGGUCAAUGCCAAAGAAGAUGCAGGUUUAUAUGGAGGACGGUAUUCCAAUCAAACGAGAUAGAGUUCACCUGGUGAACUGUCCGGGCCUCAUAGACAAAGCUUUAAAGCUCAUGCGUCACAUGGGGAGACAAGAGGACUGGGACAGGAUGCGGGUUCACAAAGGUGGCGAUUACACCGAGUUGCACAGCCUCGUCCCGCCAGAGUGCCUGCCCUCUGAACUGGGCGGCACCCAGCCGUCCCUCGAAGAUCUCCAUGAUAUGACGGUGCAAAGACUCGCCGAUUUCAAAGAGAUUUUCCGAAAACAUUCAUGAUGAGUCACGGAAUAAGUCAGAGUCAGGGUGGACAUCCGAGGUACUGUAUAUCAUCGCAUGCACCACAAAUAAACAGAAGAGGCACAGUCAUAUCACCUUCAGUUAAACGAAAUGUCAUCACAAAAGUAUAUGUAAAUAAAUAAAUUGGAAAAUAAAUCAA